AGCAUUAAUGUCUCAACUAUGGCUAAUUAUACUUAUCCUCCCGGCCGUGGACGCGAAUCUGCUAAGUGCCGGGAUUCUGUCGGAAACUGUUCCUCUUCGACCAAAAAAUUACCAAAUGAUUGGCUUUGCUCAGUCCGCGUUGAAUCAAACUCAGGUAGAAAUUCGAUUAUCUUGCGUUGAAGAAAAUGUCGAUAUGGUCUUCCAAGUGGAGUAUGCCCUCCGCUCUUCACCUUGUGACAAGGAGUUUUUUGAUGCGAAGAGGGCGGAUAAUCUUCGGAAGCUACUGACAUUUUACUUCUCUGAUCCAGACCACAUUCCCGACACUUACAGUUACGAUAAAAUUGUAUACUAUAAGUCAAAGCCGCAAAACUUUUCUUGCAGAGAUUCGCAUGGCUCCAUAAUUUUUUCGGAAGCCGAUCCUCAUGCAAUGAUGGUCAAGAAUGUCACAACCUUGCUCCAAUUUCAAGAUAGACGUGACAAGAGAAGUAAUCCCAUUGUUUCCACAUCGCUCUCGUCGUGGAAUCCAGCACAAACUAUACCUGCAGAUGGCAUCUAUUUCUUGGUAAUGAAGAUAAUCGGGGUUUCGUAUCCUUCAUCUUCACCAUCUGAGGAGCAUAAUGUUACGAUCACUGUAAAGUGGAAGCAACCGCAUGGAUAUCUCAGCGCUAUUGACUAUCCUUUACUCAGGAUUCAGUACUGGAUAGGAGCUGUUAUCAUUCUUGGAAUGAUUGAGAAAGCAUUCUUCCUGGCCGAAUAUUCAACAAUGAAUACUAGUGGGAGAAGCGUUGAAGGAGUUUUGGAGCUUGCGGAGUUGGUAUCAUGUGCAAAGAGGACUAUGUCACGAGUCUUGGUCAUAAUAGUGUCUGUAGGAUAUGGAGUGGUGAAGCCUCGACUGGGAAAUACGCUUAGUCAGGUUGCUGGUGUUGGAUUAGUCUACUUCGUUUUCUGCGCCAUAGAAGGACUAGCUCGAGUGUCUAAGAAUCACGUCGAAGCAGCCAAACAGAAGCAGUUCGCUGCACUUCCUUUGGUCAUAACAGAAAUGGUCAUUUUCUAUUGGAUUUUUACAUCACUAGGUGCAACUAUGCGCACGCUAAAGUUGAGGAGGAACGAGGUGAAGCUAACGGUGUAUCGGCAUUUCAUGAAUACCCUCAUGUUUGCUGCCAUCGCUUCGGUAGUUUUCAUGAUCUGGAGCCUUCUCUUCCACAUUUUUCCCACAUGUUUGAAGGACUGGAAAGAACUAUGGGUGGACACUGCCUUCUGGCAUGUUCUGUUCUGCUUCAUCCUUGUAGUUAUCGUCAUUUUAUGGCGACCUUCGAUCAAUAAUCAGCGUUAUGCCUUCACUCCGCUUCUGGAUGAUAGUGAAGAUGAAAAUGACCAAGACGAGAUUUUCAAUGCUUCCGCGCCUGGUUUCGAGAUGUUGAAGCAGCGCGAAUCCGGCAGCGGAGCAGAUAUACGGCGUCAGAAAGAAAAGGAUCGUGAAGAUCAUAAAUUACAGGACGACUUGCGAUGGAUCGAGGACCAUAUUCCAUCUUCGCUUGCUGAGCAUCUUAUCAUGGACGAAGACGAGGACAAAGAAGCGCGGGAACUUGAGAUCACGCAGUUGGUCUCCAAAUCUGGUUACACCUAUAUUCCUUCACUCCGAAGCAAGGUGUCUGUAAGAUUUUCUGAUGUCGCAUCACAAUAA